UGGGGGAGCCGGAAGCAGGAAGUGAGUUUGGGAACGGAGCUGCUGCUGCAGGGCCCAUGGCGGACACCCAGUACAUCCUGCCCAAUGACAUCGGCGUGUCUAGCCUGGACUGCCGUGAGGCCUUUCGCCUGCUCUCGUCCACGGAGCGCCUCUACGCUCACCACCUGUCACGGGCUGCCUGGUACGGGGGCCUGGCCGUGUUGUUACAGACCUCCCCCGAAGCCCCCUACAUCUACGCCCUGCUCAGCCGCCUCUUCCGAGCCCAGGACCCUGAGCAGCUGCAGCAGCACGCCUUGGCCGAGGGCCUCAGCGAGGAGGAGUAUCAGGCAUUCCUGGUCUAUGCAGCGGGCGUCUUCUCCAACAUGGGCAACUACAAAUCUUUUGGCGACACCAAGUUUGUUCCCAACCUGCCCAAGGAGAAGCUGGAGCGGGUGAUCCUGGGAAGCAAGGCGGCCCAGCAGCACCCUGAAGAAGUCAGGGGCCUGUGGCAGACCUGCGGCGAGCUCAUGUUCUCUUUGGCACCAAGGCUUCGGCACCUAGGGCUGGGGAAGGAGGGAAUCACCACCUACUUUUCCGGGGACUGUACCAUGGAGGACGCCAAACUGGCCCAAGACUUCCUGGACUCGCAGAACCUCAGUGCCUACAACACGCGGCUCUUCAAGGAACUUGACGAGGACGGGAAGCCCCACUACGAGGUGCGGCUGGCGUCGGUGCUGAGCGCAGAGCCUUCUCCCGACUCGGAUGUGGCCUCCAAGCUGAAGAGCUAUGAGUUCCGGGGCAGCCAUUUCCGGGUGACCCGGGGUGACUACAGCCCCAUCCUCCAGAAGGUGGUAGAGCAGCUGGAGAAUGCCAAGGCAUACGCAGCCAACACCCAGCAGGAGCAGAUGCUGGCCCAGUACAUGGAGAGCUUCACGCAGGGCUCCAUCGAGGCCCACAAGCGGGGCUCCCGCUUCUGGAUCCAGGACAAGGCCCCCAUCGUGGAGAGUUACAUCGGGUUCAUCGAGAGCUAUCGUGACCCCUUCGGUUCCCGGGGAGAGUUUGAAGGCUUCGUGGCUAUGGUGAACAAAGCCAUGAGUGCCAAGUUUGAGCGGCUGGUGGCCAGCGCGGAGCAGCUGCUGAAGGAGCUGCCCUGGCCACCCGCCUUCGAGAAGGACAAGUUCCUCACCCCCGACUUCACCUCCCUGGACGUCCUCACCUUCGCGGGCUCGGGGAUCCCCGCCGGCAUCAACAUCCCCAACUACGAUGACCUGAGGCAGACUGAAGGCUUCAAGAACGUGUCACUGGGAAAUGUGCUGGCCGUGGCCUACACCACGCAGCGGGAAAAACUCACCUUUCUGGAAGAGGACGACAAGGACCUCUACAUCCGCUGGAAGGGGCCCUCCUUUGACGUGCAGGUCGGGCUGCACGAGCUGCUGGGCCAUGGCAGUGGCAAGCUCUUCGUGCAGGAUGAGAAAGGAGCACUGAACUUUGACCAGGAGACAGUGGUCAAUCCGGAGACCGGGGAGCGGAUCCAGAGCUGGUACCGCAGCGGCGAGACCUGGGACAGCAAGUUCAGCAACAUCGCCUCAAGCUACGAAGAGUGCCGGGCCGAGAGCGUGGGCCUCUACCUCUGCCUCAACCCUCAAGUGCUGGAGAUCUUUGGCUUCAAGGGAGCUGAUGCGGAAGACGUGAUCUAUGUGAACUGGCUCAACAUGGUUCGGGCCGGGCUGCUGGCUCUGGAGUUCUAUACCCCUGAGGCCUCCAACUGGCGACAGGCCCACAUGCAGGCCCGCUUUGUGAUCCUGAGGGUCCUGCUGGAGGCCGGCGAGGGCCUCGUUACCGUCACCCCCACCACAGGUGCCGAUGGACGCCCGGAUGCCCGGGUGCGCCUGGACCGGAACAAGAUCCGGUCGGUGGGCAGGCCCGCCCUAGAACGGUUCCUGCGGAGGCUGCAGGUGUUGAAGUCCACGGGGGACGUGGCGGGCGGAAGAGCCCUGUACGAGGGCUACGCCGCGGUCACCGAUGAGCCUCCCGAGUGCUUCCUCACCCUCCGGGACACGGUGCUCCUGCGCAAGGAGGCCCGCAAGCUCAUUGUUCAGCCCAACACCCGCCUGGAAGGUUCUGAGGUGCAGCUGCUGGAGUACGAGGCUUCGGCCGCCGGCCUCAUCCGCUCCUUCUCCGAGCGCUUCCCAGAGGACGGACCCCAGCUGGAGGCGAUCCUCACUCAGCUGGCCGCUGCCGAUGCCCGAUUCUGGAAGGGCCCCAGUGAGGCCCCAUCCUGCCAGGCUUGAGGGGAAUGGUGUGCAGCUGGAGCCCCAACCCCUCAGAAGGCUGCAGGUGGUGUGUGCGUGCCAGGGGCUGGGCAGGGCUCAGCCUGCUGGUGCUACCCCCACCAAGGGUGGGGACACAGACCACACACAUCUUUUUACGGUUUGCCAAGCACUUCCCCUCCACCAAGUCUGUCGUAUCAUUGCUGUCCAUGCUGCCAUGGGGCGGAGUGUGGAACCCCAGGACGGCUCCUCCCUGUUUCCCAGCUAACGGGUCUGGAUCCCACAGGGCUUUCCUGAUGCACAGCCCUGAGUUCACAUUCAGCGCCCUCCCUGUGUUAAACUUUUAUAACCAGAAAAUAAAGGUUAGAAACGA